AGAAACCCGCCCAGUCCCCACAGCCACUCCCCAAACUCCAGCGACAUCCCACAUUCUGCGCACACAACUUUCUUCUCAGUCUCAUCACUUCGCUUGGUCGACAAACUGGACGCAUCAUCUCACACUCCGGGAAUGGGAUCUUUACUGGGUUCAAAGAAAAACUUCCAAUUUUUUCGAGUUUACGCUUUGCAGAGGCUACUUUUCAAACUGCAGGGAUAGUUGUUACUGCAGGUGCAGGGUGACAGCAACAAAGGGCCACCGGCCAAUGACUUCCAAGACGCAUCAGAAGUUGUCAGGGAGAUUCAGACGCUAGAAAUCAGUUUAACACCAUAAAGUGGGCUUAUCUGAGUUAGACGCUGAAGAGAAUCUUGUAAUUUCAGACCACUAUCACUUCAACUGAGGCGUGCGUAAAAUAUUUGUGCGUAAAGUUGGUGCUGUUGCGCACGGUUGAAAUUUAAAAUAGCUGAAUCCUCGAAGGGCAGCUAAUGCAAGAGCGUGUGAAAGACAAGAGAUUUGUUAAGUUUUAAAUCUGUGAGAAGAGUUAAUACUUCGACAAUCAUGGCAAAGUGGUUCAGAGAUUUCCCUAUCAACCUGAAGAACGGAAAUGAACGGGUCCGCUCGGCCUCCGAAUCUGGUCCCCAAACACGACCAAAACCUUCAUUUUCUCGAGACAGUCUGAAAGGAAAUCAACGUAAAGAUGGUGGAGUGGGGGGUCUAUUGGCAGGGAGAAAUAGGAAAAAUUCGGCUACAGAGUUGGGCCGUAACAACACAGGCUCUGGUGGGACAGUCUGGGAUAGUCUCACACCUGGAAAAGGUCGCAAGAACUCCAAGGUCGAGACAUCAGACGAGAACCGUCCGGUCAGGACCUCUAGUCUGGCGCAAGCGUACAUCAGCAGGAUGAUCAAAGUGGACAAGCAAGACAAGACCCCCAAACUCAACGGGAUAAGUGAACAGAAGAUGGCCGAGAGCGAGAAGGGAAAGUCUGACAUUAAAACAACGCUGAUUAUCCUGGAGGACUAUGCAGAUCCUUUCGAUGCAGAGAAAACCAAGGAGCAGAGAGAGGCCGAGAGAGCAGGAAUGAAUGAUGGCUACAUGGAGCCCUAUGACGCCCAGGUCAUCAUCACGGAGGUUCGCAGACGGGGCUCCAAAGACCUCCUGAAAGUGUGUGUUCUCCUGGACCGAGGCCAGAGAAAGGGGAAAGGAGAGGAGAGCAAGCCCACGCCUCCAAAUAUCUACGACACACCAUAUGAGGGCGGACUGGAGGGCGACAGUGAGGGGGUGUGGAUCCCUGUCACACGGCCAGAGUCUGACGUCCGUCCCGCUGGAGAGUACGAACUGCCCUGGGAGUGGAGAAAGGAGGACAUUGUUAGAGCGCUGUCAGCUCAAUUUGAGGCAGUGGAUUGUUCUCCCAGUAAAGAGAAUGGUUCAAUCUCAGGCCGCCAGCAGCAGCAGCAGCAGCAGCAGCAGCAGCAGCAGCAACAUACCCUGAGACAGAAGAGCUGGAACCACAAAACACUUGUCUCCUCUUCCCCGUCCUCCUCCUCUUCUCCCUCCUUUCCCUCCUCUCCUAUUCUCAAACUCUCCCCUCUCACACCCCCUUCUCCUUCCUUCCCCACCCUCAAACUCUCACCACUCUCACCCUCCUCCAGCCCAAACAAACUUUCACCUCCCUCCCCUACCUCCCCUGGAGCCCCACUGGAUGGGGAGGCAGCCAAAGUGGAGCCCAGUCUGCCGCUGGAGAAGCAGAGCUGGUACCAUGGCAGUGUGAGUCGGCAGCAGGCUGAGGCUCAGCUGCAGCGCUGCAGGGAAGCCAGCUUCCUGGUGAGAGACAGCGAAUCAGGAACCAGCAAGUACUCCAUCGCUCUGAAGACCAGCCAGAGUUGUGUGCACAUCAUUGUGGCCCAGACCAAGAGCAGUAAGGGCUUGGGCUACACACUGGAUCAGAGUAGCUGUGUCUUCUCCAGUAUCCCUGAGCUGGUCCACCACUACCACACGCACAGACUGCCUUUCACUGGAGCAGAGCACAUGACCCUGCAGCAUCCUGUGCCCAGGUCACACUGACAUGCAUAGAGGACAAACACAACACAUUGGGACACAAAUGCACACGGGCAGAGACAUGUAUGACACAUAUAUGCACAAAUGCGCACAGAUACACACACAUAAACUUGCUAAUACAUGUGCAUACACACAUACUCAAAGACGUGCUGCUUUGGAUUCACCUGUGUACUACUUUAAUAAGUUUAUAUGUUAACUUUGGGCAUGUUUGCACCGUCUACAUGCGCUACCUAGUGGUCAAAUCAGAUACUACAAUAACCACGAUGACAGUGCUGCCUGUUUUCAAUCUAAAAUCAACAAAACAUACACCAGCAGGCACACACAAGCUAUAUUGAAUGUAUUUAUAGAUACAGGAAAACCAUUCCUUCUUCCACUGCCGAGUGUAUUUGCCCAUUGUUUUGUCCAUUGACUCUAUAGACCAUCAAUACCAUGCAAAUCAAAUUGAUCUCCACAAUACCUGAAACAAUGCACUGCACUUACUAUAACCAAUUUUAAAUUUCAAAGUAGGUGCAGAGGCUUAUAAUCUCAUGUCUUUACACAGAGGUGCUGAAAUAGUCGAUGACCAUGCCUGUCAGUUAGGCUUUGGUCUGUAAGAUCAAUACACCUGAUUGGAGUAUAUUCAUUCAUUCAUCUGACAUGUCAAUCAGCCUAUCGAUCUAUCCUGAAAAUCAGGCUCAUUUGCCAACCACUCUGUCUGUCGAGAGAAGGAGCUUUAUUGAUUAGAUGAUUAGAAUUAGUGUAGUGGGAGGGGUCUUAUAACAUUACAGUACCCAGUCAGCAAAAAUGUUUAAGUGUGCAAAUAAAUAUGUGAAUAUCAUGUCAAUUCAUGUGUCCUCGCUGUAAUCUAAAUAUGAGGUUAUGAAAAAGCUAUCUUACUUAUUGUGAAUGAACCGACCUGCUUUACCCUAAAUAUAUGAUGUAUGUAUGAAGUGACUGUUGGAUAUUGCCAAGAUUUUUUUUCAACCACACCAUGAUGUGGGCUGUAUAUUGUUGUUGUAAGACAUUUAUUCAGUAAAUAAAGGAAAUUUGAUUUUAA